CACGUGACAAAGAUCUGAGUCAACAUGGCGGCCACCGCUGCAGCUGAAGGGAGCUCCGUGAGGAAGAGGCGCGUGGACAGCAGGAGACAGGAGACAGAAAGAGUCUCAGAAAACUCAGAAAAUGGAGACAAAGGAAACAGGGACUCUGGGACGAAGAAGUUUUUGUCCUUACAACCUGGAACAUAUUGGCUAACUCGCGUUGUGCUGCUUCGCUCAGUGGCUUUUAUUUACUUUGUGGCCUUCAUUGUUGCUUACAACCAGAACAAGCAGCUGAUUGGGGAGAACGGCCUGAUGCCCUGCAAGAGCUACCUGAACAGUGUCAAACGCUACGUAGGUGGAAAGAUCGGCACAGCGGCCUUAGCCUACACCCCUUCCAUCCUCUGGUUCUUGGAUUGGAGCAGCAUGGACACCAACCUGGAUUGCAUUGGCUUGCUGGGGAUGGCGCUGUCAGGGUUUGUCCUGGUGACAGGAACGGCCAAUAUGCUCAUCAUGGGGACGCUCUGGGUGCUUUACCACUCUCUGGUCAGCGUAGGACAGCUGUGGUACUCGUUUGGCUGGGAGAGUCAGCUGCUGGAGACAGGAUUUCUGGCCAUUUUCCUGUGUCCGGUGUGGACCCUGUCCCAGGUUCCCCAUAACUGUCCCCCCUCCCUCAUCUGCAUCUGGACCUUCAGGUGGCUCAUCGUUCGCAUCAUGCUAGGAGCUGGUCUCAUUAAAAUCAGAGGAGACAAGUGUUGGAGAGACCUGACCUGCAUGGACUACCACUAUGAGACCCAGCCGGUACCAAACCCCAUGUCCUACUACAUGCACCGCUCUCCCUGGUGGUUCCAUCGCUUCGAGACGCUAUCCAACCACUUCAUCGAGCUCAUCGCUCCCUUCUUCACCUUCCUUGGAAGACGCAUGUGUUCGUUUAACGGAGCAAUCCAUAUUCUUUUUCAGGUGGUUUUGAUCAUCAGUGGGAACCUCAGUUUUCUUAACUGGCUGACCAUUGUCCCUAGUUUGGCGUGCUUUGAUGAUGCAUCGCUGAGCUUUCUCUUUCGCUGCGGCUCUGGAGCUAAAAAAGCAGUGAAGGAGAUCCAGAGGAAGGAGGCGACCGGAAAAGCCCCCAAACCCUCAAAAGGGAUGCUGGUCCGCCGGGUGUUGAACAUUUCUUUGGGGGUUCUCAUUGGCUGCCUGAGUGUCCCAGUGGUAAUCAACCUGUUGAGCCCCAGGCAGGUGAUGAACACGUCCUUCGACCCGCUGAGGAUCGUCAACACCUACGGCGCGUUUGGCAGCAUCACCAAAGAGCGGACUGAGGUGAUCUUCCAGGGAACUCUGAGCCCAGAUCCCAAAGACCCUGAGGCAGUUUGGGAGGAGUACCAGUUCAGGUGUAAGCCAGGAGACGUCUACCGGCGGCCCUGCCUCAUUUCCCCCUACCACUACCGGCUGGACUGGCUCAUGUGGUUCGCUGCCUUCCAGACCUAUGAGCAGAGCGAGUGGAUCAUCCACAUAGCAGGACGCCUGCUGUCCAAUGACAGCACUGUCCUCUCACUGCUCGACCACAACCCCUUCCAAGGCAGAGAGCCCCCCAGAUGGGUUCGAGGGGAACACUUCAGGUAUAAGUUCACACAACCGGGCAGUGCCAGCGCAGCGCAGGGCAAGUGGUGGCUGAGAAAACGCAUCGGAGCUUAUUUCCCUGCUGUAGACCUGGAAGGACUCAGAGGCUUCUUCCAUUCCAGGAACUGGCCUCACCCACAUAUCCCAUCAAAGAGGAGCUGAAGCCACAAGGGAUAAGACAGACUGAGACACGGGUCUUCACUGUAAAUCGGUUUUAACUGUUUGGAGCCACAGUUACACUAUUUGCUGAUGACAUCACAUAGACCAAGAACUGCUGAAUUAAACCUUCCCUCAUAAAAGACCUCAUGAUACCCAAACAAUGUGAAGGUUUUUAAGCUUACAGUUUGACAUGCAUCGCCUGCUGCUCUGAUCACUUGUGUUUCUAUGAAAAGAUCCUGAGGAAACACCUGAAAGUUAACAUCGAGAUG